AUGAGGACAAGUGUUCCUUGGAGUGAAAAAGAAAAAGAGUUGUGUAGUUGGCUGAUUGCGAUGUUGAUGUUAGGAGGACUUGAGUAUUUAAGUGUUGAAGCAAAUGCAAAGAGUAAUUUGGACGUUGAAAAGUCUCCUCAGAUUACGGAAUCUACUUCUCCUCACCGAGCCGAUGGGCCGACCCAGAAAUCACAAGAUACAACAAACCAACGAAGGAAGCCAUCUAAGUCGUCACCAUACGCCCGAACAUCAAGUAAUAGUGGUGUCGCCUUUGAUUCCGCCCCGCCGGCUUCAGCCGCUGGGAUUAAAAAUCCGUUCAAGGGGGACCCUUCAACAAUUUGUCUUCCGCCGUUAAGACAAUUCGUGGAUCAACAUUCAUCUUCCGUCGCAUCCACAGGCUUGAGCCAUACGUACAUGAGCGACUACAGCAAUCAUGCCCAGCAGCCCCAGAGCACUUUUGAAAAUAAAGAAACUGCUGCUCCAAAUAUCAUACAGGAAAAAGCUGAAGGUGCUCUCGGAGACAUAAACAGCAGUGUUUCUAAGGAAAACCCAUCUUCCAGAAUACCAUCCCCGCCACCAUCAAACUCCCAGAAAGUUGCACAGGAUUAA